GAUGGAAGAGAGCGAGGAGAGUGAAGAACUGAGUGAAGUGAAGGAGGAGAGUGAAGAACUGAGUGAAGUGAAGGAGGAGAGAGAAGAACUGAGUGAAGUGAAGGAGGAGAGAGAAGAACUGAGUGAAGUGGAGGAGGAGAGAGAAGAACUGAGUGAAGUGGAGGAGGAGAGAGAAGAACUGAGUGAAGUGAAGGAGGAGAGAGAAGAACUGAGUGAAGUGAAGGAGGAGAGAGAAGAACUGAGUGAAGUGAAGGAGGAGAGAGAAGAACUGAGUGAAGUGAAGGAGGAGAGAGAAGAACUGAGUGAAGUGAAGGAGGAGAGAGAUGAACUGAGUGAAGUGAAGGAGGAGAGAGAUGAACUGAGUGAAGUGAAGGAUGAGAGAGAAGAACUGAGUGAAGUGAAGGAGGAGAGAGAUGAACUGAGUGAAGUGAAGGAGGAGAGAGAAGAACUGAGUGAAGUGAAGGAGGAGAGAGAAGAACUGAGUGAAGUGAAGGAGGAGAGUGAAGAACUGAGUGAAGUGAAGGAGGAGAGAGAAGAACUGAGUGAAGUGAAGGAGGAGAGUGAAGAACUGAGUGAAGUGAAGGAGGAGAGAGAAGAACUGAGUGAAGUGAAGGAGGAGAGAGAUGAACUGAGUGAAGUGAAGGAGGAGAGAGAUGAACUGAGUGAAGUGAAGGAUGAGAGAGAAGAACUGAGUGAAGUGAAGGAGGAGAGAGAUGAACUGAGUGAAGUGAAGGAGGAGAGAGAAGAACUGAGUGAAGUGAAGGAGGAGAGUGAAGAACUGAGUGAAGUGAAGGAGGAGAGAGAAGAACUGAGUGAAGUGAAGGAGGAGAGUGAAGAACUGAGUGAAGUGAAGGAGGAGAGAGAAGAACUGAGUGAAGUGGAGGAGGAGAGAGAAGAACUGAGUGAAGAGGAGGAGGAGAGAGAAGAACUGAGUGAAGUGGAGGAGGAGAGAGAAGAACUGAGUGAAGUGGAGGAGGAGAGAGAAGAACUGAGUGAAGUGAAGGAGGAGAGAGAAGAACUGAGUGAAGUGAAGGAGGAGAGAGAAGAACUGAGUGAAGUGGAGGAGGAGAGUGAAGAACUGAGUGAAGUGAAGGAGGAGAGAGAAGAACUGAGUGAAGUUAAGGAGGAGAGAGAAGAACUGAGUGAAGUGAAGGAGGAGAGAGAAGAACUGAGUGAAGUGGAGGAGGAGAGUGAAGAACUGAGUGAAGUGAAGGAGGAGAGAGAAGAACUGAGUGAAGUGGAGGAGGAGAGAGAAGAACUGAGUGAAGUGAAGGAGGAACAUCAUGUCCAACCUGGAGAAAAACCUUUUAGUCGCUCAAAGACUAAAAAGACAUUUUUAAAGAAAAGAAGAGCCAAGAAAUCUUUCACCUGCACUCAGUGUGGAAACAGUUUCACCCGCAAACAACAUCUUGAGCGUCACAUGAAAGUUCACACUGGAGAGAAGCCGUUCACAUGUGAUCAGUGUGGUAAGAGUUUCAGUCAAUCAUCAUCCCUUAAUCUUCACAUGAGGAUCCACACCGGAGAGAAGCCGUUCACAUGUGAUCAGUGCGGGAAGAGAUUCAGUCAAUCAGAAAACCUUAAUGUUCACAUGAGGAUCCACACCGGAGAGAAGCCGUUCACAUGUGAUCAGUGCGGGAAGAGUUUCAGUCAAUCAUCAUCCCUUAAUAUUCACAUGAGGAUCCACACAGGAGAGAAGCUGUUCACAAGUGAUCAAUGCGGCAAAGAAUUUCUUAGGUCAUCAGAGCUGAAGACACACCUGAGAGUUCAUACAAAGGAGAAGCCGCAUUCAUGUUCUGUGUGUGGAAAGAGUUUUUCACAGCUGUCUAUUUUACAUAGACAUGAGAAAACUCACACUGGUGUGAGAGAGUACAUGUGCUCUGAGUGUGAGAAGACUUUUACUACAGCGGGCAGUUUAAAACGGCACCAGAGAAUUCACACUGAAGAAAAACCAUACAAGUGUUCACACUGUGACAAGAGAUUCAGUCAAUCAGCAAAUCUGAAAUCACAUGAGAUGAUCCACACUGGAGAGAAGCCGUUCACAUGUGAUCAGUGUGGGAAGAGUUUCAGUCAAUCAGAUAACCUUAAUGUUCACAUGAGGAUCCACACCGGAGAGAAGCCGUUCUCAUGUGAUCAGUGCGGCAAAACAUUUCUCUGUAGAUCAGACCUGAAGAAACACCUGACAGUUCACACGAAGGAGAAGCCGCAUUCAUGUUCUGUGUGUGGAAAGAGUUUUUCACAGCGGAAACAUUUACAUAAACAUGAGAAAAUUCACACUGGUGUGAGAGAGUACAUGUGCUUUGAGUGUGAGAAGACUUUUACUACAGCGGACAGUUUAAAACGGCACCAGAGAAUUCACACUGGAGAAAAACCAUACAAGUGUUCACACUGCGACAAGAGAUUCAGUCAAUCAUCAUCUCUUAAUAUUCACAUGAGGAUCCACACUGGAGAGAAGCCGCACACGUGUGAUCAGUGUGGGAAGAGUUUCCCUAUUAUAAGUCGCCUGAAGCGACACAUGAAGAUCCACACAGUGGAGAAACCACGUAAACACAGUCUGAGAUCACGAUUAUAAGGAACAGACCACCACAGACACUAGAGAUCUUGUUCCUGUGGGAGAUGAACAGCAGAGAGUUGAAGAUCCCAUGAGGAGG